AUGGCUAUCAUUGUUGGCAUACUAUCGGCUGAUGGCGGAUGUGGCGAAAACGAAAUUUUCAACGAGUGUGGCUCACCAUGUGACAAAACAUGCGCUGAUCCAGUUCCGACUUGCAUCGAAAUGUGUAAAGCGAGAUGUGAGUGCAGACCUGGAUUCGUUAUUCACCCAACAACUAAAAAAUGUGUCAACCUCAAAAAUUGUCCAAAAUAA